UUUAUUAUUUCUUUUAUUUUUUUCGCUUAUUAAUAAUUAUCUAAUUUUCAUUGAUUCUACCACGUGUAAUACACAUGUUUCUAUACUAAUAAAGAAAAUCUUUUUUUGACACGUGUCAAUCUCAGAUGCCUCCUUAUCCAGGUGAAGGGCGAAUACGGGUGGUGAGGUUUAUUGAUUAUUCCACUGUGGUGCCUUCGGACGGGUGGAGGUCGGGUUUUCGCGCAUCUGGGAGAGCCAGGGUUUGGUGGCGGUCAAGUAGUCAACCUUGAUCACAGCGUUCGGUGUCACGGUGGUUAACACGUCGUUCCUUACCGUUCAAAAAAAGUAGUGUCUAGCAAAUGAAACAAUAAAAGAGAGAGGGGAAUGGAUUAUGGGUUAGGCUAUGUGUUCUGUUUUUAUAUUUUUUUCACCUUACGUCAUUAUUACGUAGACAUGAGCUUUCACUCAUUUUUUUCAGUACACCCUAUUUUGGAUUCAUUCUCUUUUCACUAACAACUAAUAAUUAAAUUUUAUAAAUUAAAAAGUUAAAAAAAAAGAACAUGAAUGAGGUGUAAACAUUUGAUUGGGUGAUAGGGACAUUGGCCACUAACGCCGAUUAAUUCCCUCUCGAGAGCACCAAUGGGGUGGAGGUCCAUUGUUAAAGAUAAAACCUUUAAACACCUUGGGAGGGGAGGUCUUGGGUUCAAGUCCCACAGACAACAGGAGUAAGAAAUUUGUCAUUCAAAAAAAAAAAAUUCCCUCUCGAGAGCAAAACUACCUUUGCUUUGUGCAUUAGCCCACUAACACCAAUUCACUUUCACACCCAAAAAAUAGGAGUGGCGUGGUGCAAAGGACUUGAAACUUGUGCAUUAGCCCACUAACACCGAUUCACUUUCACACUCAAAAAAUAGGAGUGGCGUGGUGCAAAGAACUUGAAACAAGGUUAAAAUCUAAGGUAAUACAAGGGUGUGGUUUCAUUUCACACCCAAAAAAGUAGGGGUGGCGACAUGAAACAAGGAUAAAAUCUUAGGUGAUAUGAGGGUGUGGUUUCAUCCCAUUUACUUUAGAUGAGAGAAAGUGUGUAAAAAUGUAAAAUAGAGGUGUAAUUUUCACUAGUAUUUAUAAAACUAAAAGGUUGUAUGUCACUACCAUCUAACAGUGGUUAAUAACUAAACUACACAAUAACCAGGUGCAGUAAAUUAACAAAAUUUUAAAUAAAAGAAAAAAAUAGAAAAGAUUUGAUUGGUUAAAGAAGGUAGUGGUGCCAAAUACUUGAGCUCCUUCCCAAUUAACGUGCUAACGCCCAAAGGGGUUUCUAGUCAUUGACACCCCUCAAUAACCAGAGGAGGCUGUGUGUUUAACACCCCUCUUACUGAUUUGGCACGAAAACAUUAACGCAUUACAUAUAACCAUAGUUGUUAAUCAGUAUUAUUAACUAGUGUAUCAUUUUUAGUAUUAUAAGUUUUAUAUAUAUAUAUAUAUAUAUAUAUAUUAGUUAAUAGCACCUGCUACAUCAGCUUCUUUUAUUCACAUCAUGUCUCCAUGUCAGCAGGUUUUGACAUGUCACUAGGAGUCUAGGAAGUUUACUUGUAACAUAUUUAAGGUAUACAAACUUUCUUAGUCAAAUUUAUCAUAUAUUUUUGUCCUUUUCCUUCGACGGGUUCGUGAAACAGUUGCAUCGGAGCCGGAUAUCCUUCUUUUCCAUCGACAGGUUCACGAGACCGUCUCCAAUGCGUCUGUUACAGGGUCAUCAGACAGAGACGGGCAAGGGUGAGGGACCAGAAACUUGCUACCGGUUCCCGAUCUGGCUCUUUCUCCGGUGUUGUGGUCUCUUAGCAGAGAAAACUGGAAGGAAGACCAACAUCCACAUGGAAAGCCUGAAUGCCUGGAAGUGGAAGGACGCGUGUCUAUGGAGUGCAUGUGGCACACACACAAUAAACUGUUCAUAAUGUUCAUUUUUUAAUAGAUUGAUAAUGAUAAUGAUAAUGAUAAUGAUAAUUAUCUAAUAUUUUCUAGUGAUAACAAUUAAUCUCUAUAUUAUUUUAUGUUUUAUCAAAAACGGACCUUUAUAUAAAUAUAACGUGUCCGGUUUCACCUUUAAAUAAAAGCUAAACUUAUAGUUGCGAGUUUAAGCUUUCAAUCGAAAUAUAACCUCCUUUUCCGCUUUAAAUAAGUGUAAACUAUCUUUAAAAAUCAUACCUAAAAAAUUGUUAACAUUUUUGAUAUGUUUAAUAAAAAAAAUGUAUUAUAGUUUAUUAGUGAUAUAAUUAUUUAAUAUGCGUGGCCAUUAUCAUUGAUUCAUAUCUCUGGUGGACCAUAAACUUGAUACUAGAAUCUUGCAAGCCAGUCACAAUCGCGUAAAAGAUUGUAUCAAGAUAAGCAUUUGAUCACCAAUCUAACCCAAAAUCAUAUUAUAAAUCAACUUCUAACCCAGCCCAGCCCACAUUCAUAACUCAUACCCUCCUACAACCACAUCUUCUAACCAAACACACAACAAUGGCAGCUUCCACAAUGGUUCUAUCCUCAUCUUUCAUCGGUCAAGCGGUGAAAACCGCACCAUCCGGUUCUGAAAUAACCGGAAAUGGUCAGGUUUCCAUGAGGAAAACAGCAGGAGGUCACCGAAAGGUUGCACCAUCAGGGAAACAAUGGUACGGUCCUGACCGUGUUAAGUUCCUUGGCCCAUUCUCUGGUGAGGCCCCAUCAUACCUCACCGGAGAAUUCCCGGGUGACUACGGUUGGGACACUGCUGGGCUCUCUGCUGACCCAGAGACCUUCGCUAAGAACCGUGAGCUCGAGGUCAUCCAUUGCAGAUGGGCCAUGCUUGGAGCCCUCGGGUGCGUGUUCCCCGAGCUCUUGGCCCGUAACGGAGUUAAAUUCGGUGAGGCUGUAUGGUUCAAGGCUGGAGCCCAGAUCUUUAGUGAGGGUGGUCUUGACUACUUGGGGAACCCAGGUUUGGUCCAUGCACAAAGCAUUCUAGCUAUCUGGGCUACCCAAGUUAUCUUGAUGGGUGCGGUUGAGGGUUACAGAAUUGGAGGUGGCCCAUUAGGUGAGGUGGUUGACCCACUUUACCCUGGUGGCCACUUUGACCCAUUGGGCCUGGCUAAUGACCCAGAGGAUUUUGCUCAUUUGAAGGUGAAGGAGAUUAAGAAUGGUAGACUAGCCAUGUUUUCCAUGUUUGGGUUCUUUGUUCAAGCCAUUGUGACCGGAAAGGGACCACUUGAGAACUUGGCUGACCACCUUGCUGACCCUAUGGCAAACAAUGCAUGGUCAUAUGCUACAAACUUUGUACCUGGAAAGUGCCCAACCCACAUUCAUAACUCAUACCCUCCUACAACCAAACCCACAACAAUGGCAGCUUCCACAAUGGCUCUAUCCUCUUCUUUCGUCGGUCAAGCGGUGAAAACCGCACCAUCCGGUUCCGAAAUAACUGGAAACGGUCGGGUUUCCAUGAGGAAAACCACAGCACCCAAGAAGGUUACACCAUCAGGGAGCCCAUGGUACGGUCCCGACCGUGUUAAGUACCUCGGCCCAUUCUCCGGUGAAGCCCCAUCGUACCUCACCGGAGAAUUCCCCGGUGACUACGGUUGGGACACCGCUGGGCUCUCCGCCGACCCAGAGACCUUCGCUAAGAACCGUGAGCUCGAGGUCAUCCACUGCAGAUGGGCCAUGCUUGGAGCCCUCGGGUGCGUGUUCCCCGAGCUCUUGGCCCGUAACGGGGUCAAAUUCGGUGAGGCCGUAUGGUUCAAAGCUGGAGCCCAAAUCUUUAGUGAGGGUGGUCUUGACUACUUGGGUAACCCAAGUUUGAUCCAUGCACAAAGCAUUCUAGCCAUCUGGGCUACCCAAGUUAUUUUGAUGGGUGCGGUUGAGGGUUACAGAAUUGCUGGUGGCCCAUUAGGUGAGGUGGUUGACCCACUUUACCCAGGUGGCAGCUUUGACCCAUUGGGCUUGGCUGAUGACCCAGAGGCUUUUGCUGAAUUGAAGGUGAAGGAGAUUAAGAACGGUAGACUAGCCAUGUUUUCCAUGUUCGGGUUCUUUGUUCAAGCCAUUGUGACCGGAAAGGGACCGUUGGAGAACUUGGCUGACCACCUUGCUGACCCCGUUGCAAACAACGCGUGGUCAUACGCUACAAACUUUGUUCCCGGAAAGUGAGCUUGAAUUGAGUGUGUGAUUUGAAAUUUGAUUGAUGUCAAAAUGUUUGUGAAUUAUUAAUUAGUAAUAUAUGGUUUAAUUUUGGGCA